AUGUGGUCAGGGUCCCCCAAGCUGCUCUUCGUGGUUGUGUUUGCUUUGAAUUGUGUACUCUGGUCUCACAGCCGAUAUGGCCAAGUCUACUCCGUGCGCUCAGGAACGCUCGCAAGACGCGGCUCACACGACAUUGAGUAUGCGAACACAACGCUACCGCUGCUCUUGUGGAAUGGAGAGGAAGGAGAGGAGCAAUGUUUCCCCAAAUCGGUUCCGCUAGAGCAGCAAUGUGCCCACGUCCUGGAAGCAUGCCCGGGCACCCGCACAUUCCUCUCAAUACCUUACCUGAGGACCUACUUCUGCACUGAGACAUCCUUGCGGCCUCUCAUCUUUGGUGCCUAUUUCAUGUGGCUGAUCUUCCUCUUCUCUACCCUCGGUAUCAGUGCGUCCGACUUUUUCUGCCCCAAUCUGGCUACACUAGCGCAGAGUCUUGGCUUGGACGAGAAUAUGGCUGGCGUUACGUUCCUGGCGUUUGGGAAUGGUAGCCCCGAUGUAUUCUCCACAUUCUCCGCUAUGAAGGCUAAUUCUGGUGGUCUUGCAAUUGGAGAGCUGCUGGGUGCGGCGACGUUCGUGGUCUCAUGCGUGGUCGGCUCAUUGUGCAUCAUCAAGCCCUUCAAGGUGAUGCGAUACCGGUUCUUCCGUGACGUCGGCUUCUUCACCCUCGCCGUGAUAGUGCUCCUUAUCGUGCUUUGGGACAACAAGAUGGACACUUGGGAGGCUGCAUCCAUGAUAGUACUAUAUGCGGUCUAUGCCACCGUUGUCAUCGGCGGGAGCAUCUGGGAGAAACGGGCAGAGCGCAAGCGUCGCUAUGAAGAGCUCCUGCGGGACGAAUAUCGAGAUGAGGCACUCUCUUUUUUGGGCAAGAUCGCUGCUGUGCUCGCAGCUCCUGCCGUCAUGGCGCUCACAUUGACGCUGCCGGUGGUCGUGACAGCAUAUCACGACUCCUCAAGGGAAAGAGAAAAACUACAUGGUGGGGGGAGCGAAAAUCGAUUAAUCGACUUCGAGGAAGAGGGCGUUGAGCGCGCUCUGAUUGCUGAGGAUGAAGUCGAGGAAGAGAUGCACGAGCUUAAAUACAACAAAUGGCUCAUGGCAGUGCAGUGCACGCUUGGGCCUCUGUUCUGCGUUGCAAUCUUGUUUGUUGGCAUGAAACACGAAUGGUGGCUUUUGUUGGCCACCGGUGUGGCGGGCUUUGCGGUGGGCAUUAUGGUAGCUGUUUUCUCAGAUCAAGGAAAACACCCUACGGCGCAGCUGGCGCGGUGUAUAAUGGGCUUCAUGGUUGCUGUCGUCUGGAUUAUGGCGAUUGCCGACGAGGUCGUAGAGGUCCUACAGACUUUUGGCUUCAUCUUCGGGCUGUCUGACGCCAUCAUAGGCUUGACUAUCUUCGCCGUUGGUAAUUCCACGGCUGAUCUGGUAGCGAACAUGAGCGUUGCUGUGUUUGCGCCCAUUAUGGGUUUCUCUGCGUGCUUCGGUGGACCUAUGCUCAACCUUCUCCUUGGCGUUGGAAUAUCUGGUUCCUACAUCACUCACAAAACCGCCGAGCCAUACUACCUCCACUUCACAACCACUCUUAUGAUCACCGGUAUCGGCUUGCUCGCGCUUCUGGUCGCCACGCUCAUCUUCGUGCCGCUGAAUGGCUACUUCCUACCGCGAAGCUGGGGCGUUGCGCUCAUCAUAGCAUAUACCGCUAUCAUGACUGCCAACGUGAUUGUGGAAAUCAAGAGCUAG